UUCGGCGUGCCUCAUCAAGCCAUCUCUCUACCGAGUUCUACGUGUGUGCUCACCUAACAAUGCCAGAAAGGCGACUUUUCUGUGUCUCGUCCCGUUUCUUGCUUGUGUAGGUACUUGGAGCUCAGCGCUAUCACAACAAAGGAUCUUGUCAUGGCUAAGCUCCUGGCUUCGUUGCUUAUGUUGCUGAUCGGUUUUGCAACGAGUUCAAGUGGCCUAUUGGACCACCCUGUCUUGUUCAAGAUGCCUGGUCUCAAAUCCAACACUUCUGCCGAGGCGAAGGUGCUCAACAGUUUGGACAGUCUCAGGACAUUUCCGGGGGUGAUUACACUCUUCACAGGCCGACUGCUCAAAGAUGUCGACGGGUUCACCCAUGGUCUCUUUGCUCGCUUCCCGGAUCAAGGAACCUUGCUGCAAUACUACUUCUCGAAACAGUUCGCAUUGGCCGUGCUGCCUCAGAUCCCUUAUCUUCGGGGUGAAGACAGUGUGGACUACAACACGGUUGUAAAUGGCGAUUCAGCUCAGGCAGGAAGGUUUUCAAUGUCAUUAAUAUCUGACAUGCAAUUUGUAUUUGUGCAGAACUUUCCAAACGAGAUCAUCCACAUGGCUAUGUUCAGAUUUAAUCUGGGCGUAAGUCAUGCACAGAUUCAAAGUGUGCUUGAAUCCUUGAAGGGUCUAUCUGUAUCCAUGCCUUCAAUUGUCUUGCAAACAACAGUUGGCAAAAAUCUUUAUGACCGGGACGUUGUUUAUUCUCAUGCGUUUGUUGCGCGCCUGGCAUCAGAGAAUGCUGUAGCACAAUUUUAUAAUAGUCCGGGCUAUAAUCAGAAGCAGACCUGAAACCAAUCAAAGCGACAUAAAAUUGAAUUGCCUGUACAACUAAGUAGGCAGAUGGUAAUAAAUAAAUAAUCAAAUGAGAGCA